ACCAUGGACACCUUCAAGCAAUGUAACCCAGAAGAUCAAUCAGUAGUCAGCAAAAUGCAGAAAAGAUACUGGAAAACGAAACAAGUUCUAAUAAAAGUUACAGGAAAGAAAGAAGAUGAACAUGUGGUAGCAUCUGAUGCUGAACUAGAUGCCAAACUAGAGGUUUUUCACAGCAUUCAGGUGACCUGCACAGAUCUUCUAAAGACAAUUGAAAAAUACCAGCAGAGACUUAAUGCUGUAUCUGAACAGGAAGAUGAACUAGGGCUCUUCUUAAAGUUUAAAGCAGACCGGGGUGAAGCUCAAAUUGACAGAAUGACUAAUGCCACUGGCCAGGCCCUCAGUUGUUCUUCCCAACAAAGGCUAGCUCUUUGCACUGCUUUAUCACGCCUUGGACAAGAACUCGCAACAUUUAGUCAGAGAGCCGUGUCCGACACCUUGUUAACAAUCACUCGAAUGGAGCAGGCACGCACGGAGUACAGAGGGGCUUUACUGUGGAUGAAGGAUGCUUCCCAAGAAUUGGACCCAGAUACUUGCAAACAAAUGGAGAAGUUCAGAAAAGUGCAAAUGCAAGUAAGAAACACCAAAGCUCAGUUUGAUAAGCUGAAGAUGGAUGUUUGUCAGAAGGUGGACCUUCUAGGAGCCAGCCGCUGUAACAUGCUGUCACACUGUCUUGCUGUCUACCAGACGACCUUUUUGCAUUUCUGUGAGAAGACCGCUCAAAAUAUGUCUGAAAUCCACGAAGCCUUUGCAUGCCUCCUCUCAUGCCAUCAUGCUUCAUCUGAGAAGCUUAUUAACCCGUCUACUGAAAAAGCUACGGAGACUGCUCAGGGAGACGCUACUUCUGCAAACUUUGAUAAGCUGAUUUUACUUGAUGAAGAUGUUUCUGGAGCUCUCUCAGGGGCAGCUGACAGAAAAGAAAACAAUUUUCAGCCUAGCAAGUUUGCUGAUACUGAACCAUGUAACCUUGAGAAAGACUGUUUGGAAGAAGAUUUUGAGAGCGAUUUUUCUUUCCUGGAGAAUUUACCAAGGGCCAGUUCUUCAAGCACAGAAAAUAUCACACAUGAAGCAUGUCAAACUCUGUUUGAUAGUCCUUGCAUGAAUCUGCCUGUUCAGGAAUUGGCUACAGAGGCAGAACCUCUAGCUAGCUCACCUGGAUUUCUGCCUUCACAACUCCUUGAUUUUGGCCUUCAUACUGCUGGUGGAUUCAGUAGUUGGAUCUCACAAUCAGAAUGUCCCAGUCCCUUUUCCAAAGAACCUGAGGGUCAGCCAGGAACUUCACACAGCACGCCGAAGUUACCACAAACAUCUGUGGUGACUGGUAGCCAAGACAUGUCAGCAUGGUUCAGUGCUUUUGCAGAUCUGGAUCCCCUUUCAAAUCCAGAUGCUAUUGGACGCUCGGAUGAUGACCUCCUCACUGCAUGAAUAAGUAUAACCCAACACAGAACCUUUUCUAGUAGUAUCAAACUACUUCAGGGAGAAUCUGAGACCCUACUAUUGUAUUGCAGACAUCAUCACAGAUACAGAUAACUGA